AUGCAGCGAUUAUAUGCAUGGUGGACUCAGAAGAGCCCUCGAGACGUGUUGAUAGAGACAUUGGCCGAGGCAAGACUAUUCGAAGAGUGGGAGGCCAGUGCUUUUCAGUUGGAUGAGGAGUUGGGAUUCGAUCUCUGGCGACAGAACCCCACGAGCAGACACUACGAUUACCGCCUUAUAUACGAACGGCUUCGAGCUAUCAUCGAAGCGCGAGAAGAGGAUGAUAUACUAGGACUUGUGAGCCUGUUACGCUCUGGUCUUGUCCGGAAUCUAGGGAAUAUCACGUCACCGCGCUUGUUCAACCGGGCGUAUGCGGGGACGAAGCUGCUUAUAGAGGACUAUGUCACCCAGGUUGCUCUGGCCAUCGAUUACCUCGCGUCGUACCCGACGAGCCACAGCUCGGAUACGGGCUUGACGAACCAGGCCAGGUUGGAUGUGUUGCAUGAUACUCGACAGGCGUUUGGAAGAUCGUGCCUGGUCUUGCAGGGCGGUGCUAUCUUUGGCCUUUGUCAUCUUGGAGUAGUCAAGGCCCUCCAUCUUCGUGGUUUGCUGCCUCGUAUCAUUGCUGGGACUGCUACGGGUGCGCUCAUUGCAGCACUGGUUGGAGUUCACACCGAAGAGGAGCUCUUGGACUUUCUCAACUCAUCCAGUAUUGAUCUAUCCGCUUUCAAGAAAACCGCCGACAUUGCCAAAGGGGAAGAAAAUGCGAGACAGAGUGGACUGGUGGCGACGGUAGUUCGGCGGAUCAAGCGAUAUAUAAGGGAAGGAUAUUUCCUGGAUGUUGGAGUCUUGGAAGAGGUGGUCCGCAGUAACGUUGGGGAUCUGACGUUUGAAGAGGCGUAUAAUAGGACCAAGAGAGUUCUCAACAUCACCGUCUCCACAAACGGAAGUGGAGGCGUGCCAAAUCUCCUGAACUACCUCACAGCUCCCAAUGUCCUCAUCUGGCCCGCGGCACUCGCCUCCAACACUUCGUCCUCCUCUUUCUACCGUCCCGUCACCCUUCUAUGCAAAGACGAAACCGGCGCCAUCACCCCUUGGCCCCGCGCCGAAGAAGCAACCUUCCAACCCUGGACCCGCGCCCGCUAUACAGACCGCGAAUCUCCCCUCCACCGCAUCGCAGAACUCUUCAACGUAAAUCACUUCGUCGUCUCCCAAGCGAGGCCUUACCUCGCGCCCUUCCUCCGCUCGGACUUGCACCAUCCCAAUCCUCGCCAAGAUAGUCGAUGGGAUAUCUCGACGCCGAUGCUAAGGCUACUUGUAAUGGAGAUCCAACAUCGUCUUCACCAACUGGACGAAUUCAGUCUGUUACCCCAUUCAAUCCGCCGCUUCCUGCUCGAUGAAAGCGUUCCCGGAGCGAGCCUCACCCUCGUCCCUGAACUCUCGCCCGGUGACUUCGUCAAGCUUCUCCAGAAUCCCACGAAGGAUAGCCUUGACUACUGGAUUCUGCGUGGCGAAAGGAGUGUAUGGCCUGCGGUAACCGCACUGAAAGUCCGUUGUGCCAUUGAGGUCGAGCUCGAUAGAGGGUACCAGCUGGUGAGGAGGAGGAAGCCGGCGACGGCAGGGUUGGCCCCGUCCGGGGAGAGAGUACAGGAGGGUGGAGUUCAGAAGAAAGGGCGUGAAGGACGGUUCCGUAAGAGGGUUAGGGCGGCGAGUGUGGGUGGAGCUGAGGGGCUCCCUUUUACCUGA